AUGUUCGACUUCAUGCACUCCACUUCAUUGUUCUUUGAUAGGCGGGAAACAGAGUUGAUCAAGAUGGCAGUUGAGCAGGUUUGUGCCACAUUAGAGGAAGCCCAUCAUCUCACCGUUUCCAUUGACACGAAGGUGAGAGCGAGACUCGAAGAGGAUUAUCGCCGUGAGUUCACACACCUCGCGAAAGAGAAUUGUGGUGCGGAGGAGAGAGAAAAGCUAACUCGUGAUUUUUACGACAGUCUGAAGGGGACGCCAGUGCCGAGGAGCAUGCAGAGCGAUGAGAAAAUGAUCAAUGUGCCAUCGGCGUCAGGAGCGUAUUCUGACCCAUCUGCUUCAUCCACCUCUGUGAAUGGAAACAAUCACUAUGUAUUCUUAAGCUUUAGAGGCCCCGAUACUCGCAAUGGCUUUGUCGAUCACCUCUACCAUAGACUCAACGAUGUGGGCUUGCUGUUCCAUCCAAACUUUGUGUUCAGAGAUGAUAAGGACCUCCCCUUCGGCGAGAAAAUUGGUGAAAGUCUCAUCAGUGCAAUCAAGCACUCUAAGGUUUCAAUCCCAGUCAUCUCAGAAAAUUAUGCUGCCAGCGAAUGGUGCCUCCGUGAGCUCAUUGAGAUAAUGGAGUGCAAGAAAACCAGUGGACAAAUAGUAUUGCCUGUGUUUUACAAUGUGAAACCCCAUGAGGUGCGAGAACUACAGGGGGCCUUUGGAGAGGCCUUCAAAUUUGGUAUGCAUCGUUUUAAGGAGGAGGAUGUCAAGCAGAAAGCGCCGGUAGCUCUCAGAGAAUUAGUCGAUUUUAGAGCAUUCGAAUCAGAGAAAACUACUAAUGGGCGUGAGGGGGAAUUGGUAAAUGAACUCGUAGAAAUAAUAAUGCGCAAGCAGCAACAUGAUUUUCAACCACAUCUUCCCGUGAACUUGGUUGGAAUUGAGGAUCGUGUGGCUGAGGUUAUGGAAUUGGUGGAUCUUGCUUGCCCAGACACUCGAAUUAUUGGGAUUUGGGGGAUGGGCGGCAUUGGUAAGACAACUCUGGCUACGAUCAUUUAUAAAAAGCUUUUUGACAAUUUUCAGUACCGCUGCUCUCUCAAGGAUAUUAGAGAAACAACUAAAAGCAAGGGUAUAGAGCAUGUCCAAUCUCUAUUGAUCUCAGAUAUAUCAAAAGGUCCUAAAAGUACUGUGCGUGAUCCCGAGAUAGGGAUUAAUAAGAUCCGAUUAAGUUGUCACAAAAAGAAGGUACUUAUUCUUCUUGACGAUGUGGAUCGUCGAGACCACCUUGAUAAUUUGAUUGGAGGUUCUAAUUUUGAGUCGGGAAGUAGGAUCAUUAUUACAUGUCGAGAUAUGGCCCUUUUGGACUUUGAAUAUAAACAGUAUGAACUCAAAGAAAUGGAUUACGAAGAAUCUAUGCUUUUGUUUAGCAGAUAUGCAUUUGAAGCGGAACAACCUCCCACAGAACUCGAGGCUCUUUCUCAUGAUAUUGUUAACACCACAGGAGGGCUUCCCUUAGCCCUCACGGUUAUAGGUUCACUUCUCAAAAGAAGAGACAAAAGCAUAUGGAAAGAGAUGUUGGAGAAAUUGAGGAAGAUGCCUCAUAAGGAAGUACAAGAAAAGUUGAAGCUAAGUUACAAUACACUAGAAGAUAAUGAGAAACAAUUGUUUCUAGACAUAGCAUGUAUUUUCAUUGGAACUUACAAAAGAAUUGCCACCUACCUGUGGGAGGAUGUCCAAUUGUACCCAAAUUCUGCAUUGGCAAGAAUGAUUGAACUUUCAUUAAUAAAAAUUGAUGAUGAGAAUCGGUUGAGAAUGCAUGAUCAACUAAGAGAUCUAGGCAAAACUAUCGCCCGUCCAAAAGAAACGAGGCCUUGGCAUUGGAGCAGACCAUGGGAUGAGGAAGUUAUAAAAGUUCUACGACACAAGGAGGAAAAUGAAAAUAUUGAGGCACUGCGUCUGGAUGAAAGGGGCUCUAGAGAGUUCAUGGAGCAAAAAGCUUCAUAAAAUGCCUAACUUGAAGGUCCUUCAUGUGAAAGAUGUGAAUUUUGGUGGAGAUUUCAAGGAUCACUUGCUGAAUUACGAUGGCUAAAAUGGAAGAGAUGUCCUGCCUCUUUCGAGGCGACCAAUGUUCAUUUGGAGAGAUUAGUCAUACUUGAUUUAUCAUGUGGUGAUAUUAGUGAAAAUUGGAGAGGAUGGAGUUCUAUCAAGAUGGAGAGGUUGAAAGUUCUCAAUCUUUCGUGGUGCGCCAGAUUAAAGAUCACCCCUAAUCUCUCUCCUUUUAAAAAUUUAGAGAUGCUAGUCCUGGAAAGUUGUGUUCAUUUGGAGGAAAUCGACCCUUCCAUUGGAGAUGUCAAGCACCUCGUUUCCUUGAACUUGAGGCACUGUACAGGUCUUAAGAAGUUACCCGAACAAUUGGGCGAACUAGAAAAUUUGGAGGAACUUGUCAUAGACAAUACUCAUAUAAGACAAAUCCAUCCAUGUAUAGGAUCUUUGAAGCAGCUGAAAAGGCUU